GAAUUGAUUCAUCUACGCUAUUUGAAUCUCUCUAGGUGUAACAUUAAUAGGUUUCCGGAAUCGUUGUGCAACUUGUAUAAUCUACAAACAUUAAUAUUGAAUGGAUGUACUAAGCUGACCAUGUUGCCCAGUGGCAUGCAUAAUCUUGUGAAUUUACGGCAUCUUGAUCUUAGGGGAACUUCUUUGGAAGAAAUGCCUGGAGGAAUAAGCAAAUUGGAGCACUUGCAUACCUUACGUUCCUUUGUGGUGGGCAAUAAUGAGGAUAAUGGAAUCCAGGAAUUAGGAGGGCUCUCAAAUCUUCAUGGAUCGUUGGUGAUUAAGAAGUUGGAGAAUGUUGUUGAUGUCACACAAGCAAGGAGUGCAAGGAUGUUGGAGAAGAACCACAUUGACCACUUAUUGUUGGAAUGGUGUUCAGAUGAUGAAAUGGUUUCAAACACAGAGACGGAGAGAGAUAUACUCGAUGGCUUGAAAGUGUUGAUAAUGAAGGGAUACAAGGGCGAAACAUUUCCAGAUUGGUUGGGUCGCUGUUCCUACAACAAUAUGACAAAUGUAUAUCUAGAGUCUUGCAAGAAUUGCUGCGUGCUGCCUUCACUUGGACAGCUGCCAUCUCUAAAGUCCCUGCACAUUGAAGGUUUUCUUGAGCUCAAGCGUAUUGGUGAUGAGUUUUACAAGAGUGACAGCGAUCAUCAUUCCUCGCCUAUUGCACCGUUUCCUUCACUCGAGGGAUUGGUGUUUGAUAACAUGCCAUACUGGGAGGAGUGGAACGUACCUGACCCAGAAGCUUUUCCUCAGCUUAAGAUACUUCGAAUUGAACGUUGUCUAAUGGCAUAUUCAGGAGAAGGGUUUCUUGUUUGUCGGAUGUUUCGAAAGUAGAAAUGCGGGAAGAUGAUGAACCAUCAACCAUCUGUGUUGCCUCCAAGAACUAUGCAUUUCAGGGUGUCCGUCAAUUGUAUCCCUUCCGAGUAAUUGUUUACCCAAAUCUCUGCAAAAGCUGACAAUCUCGAGUUGCCCAAACUUUGAAUUCCUCGAGCAACAGCAGCAAAAGUAUGAUUUGGUAGAGCUACAAAUAGACUACAGCUGUGAUUCACUGUGCUCCUUGUCGUUGGAUGUCUUUCCCAAUCUCAAGAAUCUCCAGAUAAAAUGGUGUAGGAAUCUGGAAUCAGUGUCAAUGUCAGAGGCACCACACGCUGCUCUUCAACGUCUCACCAUCUUUGGAUGCGACAAAUUAGUGUCAUUUGCAGGAGAAGGACUGGCUGCACCCAACUUGACUCAUCUUCAAGUUGGAGGCAUUACCACGUGACAUGAAGAGUCUACUCCCAAGUCUACAGUCUCUCGUGAUACCUGGUUGCUCAGACAUGUGCAGGUUGGCAGAGGGUGGUUUGCCGCCUAACUUGAAAUCACUUGAAGUGGGAAUUUGCGAGGAACAAAUGAGGGAUCUCUCAUGGAUGGCCAACUUGCACGCCCUCACUCAUCUCACAAUUAAUGGUUAUAAGUGUAAGAACGUAAAGUCAUACCCAGAGGUGGGUUCGCUGCCUCACCUUCCCUCCCUUACCACUCUUUGUAUUGAAUUCUUUGAUAAUCUGGAGACAUUGGAGUGCAACGAGCUUCUCCGCCUCACCUCCCCUUCAACAAUUGCACAUUGCAUCAUGUUCAAAGCUGGAGAAUAUGGAAGGAGAAAAGCUGCCUCCCUCUCUCUUGCGACUUGAAGUUUAUUUUUGUGAUUUGCUGGGAAAACACUGCAAGAACAAGCAUCAACUAAUCUGGCCCAAAAUUUCCCACAUCCCAACCAUUCAAGUCGAUUGAGCAGGUACAUUGUAAUGAAGUAAAAGUGCCCAAAUGGUAGAGAUUUCAUCAUGUAUAAUCUUAUACAAACAUUUUAGCUUCAGGUUUUCAUUGCACAUGUAUAUCUAUAUAUAUGGAGAUGUGAAUUGGAUUAAUGUGUUGGGAAGCAGUAGUGUUUUCUGAUUUCAGCCUUCAUUUUAAUUGGUGUCUAUACUAGUUUAAAUUAAUGACUGAUGUGUAUCAUAUGAUUCAUUUCUACA